GUUGUCUCUUAUUGUAACCCUAGAUUUCGAUUUCGGAGUGUUCAAACAAAACCAAAACAAAAAAAAACAUUCUCUCUUCUAAAAUCAGAAAGCAAGAAGGAUCACUAAGAUUUCUACAAGGGUUUCGAAUCGGACGGAAUCGACAAGGGUUUUUUUAUUCGAAGAAAGGCAGAUUCUAGCUCCAUUUCAGCUAUAAUGGAUCAACAAGGACAUGGACAGCCCCCAGCUGUGGGGAUGGUUGCAAGUGCAGGUCAAAUGCCAUACGGGACAGCUCAAUAUCCAUCUAACCAAAUAAUUGGGGCGCCUCCUGUAGGCUCUAUCCAGUCUCCUGGCCAGACAGCCGGAUUCUCUGCCUCCCAAGCCCAGCUUGUUCAACACCAACUUGCUUAUCAGCAGGCCCACCAGCAGCAGCAACAGCAAUUGCAGCAACACCUCCAGACCUUUUGGGCUAGCCAGUACCAAGAAAUUGAACACACAACCGACUUCAAGAACCACAGUCUUCCAUUAGCAAGAAUUAAGAAAAUCAUGAAAGCAGAUGAAGAUGUAAGGAUGAUUGCAGCAGAGGCUCCAGUAAUCUUUGCAAGGGCAUGUGAGAUGUUCAUCUUGGAAUUGACACUUCGUUCAUGGAAUCACACAGAAGAGAACAAACGUAGGACACUCCAAAAAAAUGAUAUAGCUGCAGCAAUUACAAGGACUGAUAUAUUUGAUUUUCUAGUUGAUAUUGUGCCAAGAGAGGAUCUGAAAGAAGAGGGAAUUGCGAUGCCUAGAGCCGGGCCUGUGCCAGUUGGAGGUCCUUCUGAAGCUCUUUCUUAUUAUUAUCCACCGCAGGUUGGAGCUGCAGGGAUGAUGAUGGGUAAACCAGUAUUAGAUCCAACUUUGUAUGGGCAACAAUCUCAUCCGUACAUGCCUCAGCAGGUGUGGCCACAACCACCUGCGCAGCAGCAGCAACAGCAACAGCAACAACAACAACAACAACAACAACAAGAUUCUUGAUAAGGGAGGCGAUUGGUGAUUGGCUGAUAAAAUGCGUAAUUAUUAUAUGCAACAGUUGUAUCCUAGAUGAUUAGAUCUUCAGCAGUCGUAUACAAAUAUAAAGGCUGAACGACAAAUAGAGAGCCAAGAACCGGUGUCACAAGUUUCUUGAUUAAUUUUACAUUCAAUAAUCAGUAUGAAAAUGUGCAUCGAGUAAAAGGAAAAUAAACCUAAGGACUAUAGAAGAACUUUUUCCGGCAGGCUGUUAAGACAGGGUCAUGCUCACAUAGCAUAAUUAACAAUCUGCAUCUUCCUUUUUAGAAGCAGUAAAACACAAACAAAAAGUUGUGUUGAUGUGUGAUCGAAUGUCAUGUGGAAAGGGUUGUUUUGAUCUAAACUAAUGUUAAACUGUGAUUCUUUUGUUGCUU